GGAAAAUUAUGGAGGGUGUAAAAUUAAAUUUCUCUUUUAAGAUCUCGCGAAGCUUUCCAUUAGGUUGACACUCGCCGCUCUGAAAUCUGCGGCGGCUGAUCUCAGCCUCCCCCUCCGCCCUACGAAGAUAGAGGUGAAGGCAAGCAAGAAAAAUGGGAAAAAAGAACAACCCUAUUGUUUUCCUAGACGUAGAGAUCAAUGCGGAAGCAACUCGUAGAAUGGUGUUUGUGCUUUUUGCUGACAUUGCUCCUAAGACAGCUGAAAACUUUCGAGCACUCUGCACAGGUGAAAUGGGAAAUGGGCCUAAUACUGGGAAGCCUUUGCAUUACAAGGGUUCAAUUUUUCAUCGCAUCAUUAGGGGCUUUAUGGCACAAGGUGGUGACUUUUCAAGACGUGAUGGAACUGGCGGUGAGAGCAUAUAUGGUGGCAAAUUUGCAGAUGAAAAUUUUAUGCUAAAGCAUGAUAGUCCUGGUCUUCUGUCGAUGGCAAAUGCUGGAAGGGGCACUAAUGGCUCUCAGUUUUUUAUUACAUUCAAGGCGGCUCAUCAUCUUGAUGGGAAGCAUGUUGUUUUUGGAAAGCUCAUUUCUGGUCAUGAGACCUUGAGGAACAUGGAGAAUGUUGAUGUUGAUGGUGAUAGACCUGUUGUUCCUGUGAAGAUUGUCAACUGCGGAGAGCUUAAGGAGAAUGUGACAGUAAUGCACGAAAAUGACAAGAAGAAAAAUACCAAAUCAAAACAAUUUAAGGAUGCCUCUUCAGACCAGAAUCACGAAGAAUUGGAGCAAGGACAACACAAAAAGUCUUCUAAAGGGAAAAGGAAGAGAAAGCGAAAAAGAUAUUAUUCAACUGAAUCUGAUAGCUUAUCAGAGACAGACACUGAAUCCUCAGACACCGAUAGUGAUUCUGAUUCUUACACAUCGUCUGUGUCCAAUAUCAGCAGCUCAAGUAAUGAUGCACGAUACAGAAGGAAGAAACAUUCUAGAGUAGGCAAGCACAAGCGUGGGAAAAGAAAAAGGGAUAGAAAGCAGGAAAAACGACGCAGAAGGCAUGAGAGGAAACAAAGACGCAAGCACAAAAGGAAAUUGGAGAAUGAAUCUGAAACAGGGAGUGGAAAAAGUGAUGACCAUGGAGAUCACAAGGGUCAUGUGGUCAAGCCCAAGAUCUCUUCACAUGUGUCUGAUGGUAAGCAAUCACCCUUGCUUGUCAAGAGAGACACCACUGCCAAUGACGAAGGAGUUAUACCAGAGAAACUUCAUAGAGAAAUGACCAAGUUCCAAAAAGAAAAUGGAGAGCUCCAGAGCAAUGGUAUUGCUGAAUCGAAGUCUGACAACGAUAUGGAUCAGCUCGCGGGUUCAGAAGAUCUUUCAAAGAAAGCUAGAAGGGCAACCACGAGCCCAAAUCGGUCGAGGUCCAAGAGUAUGAGUAUAAGUCCAAGAAGCCCUAGUCAAAGCCAAAGUCUGAGCCCCAGAAGAUCAGUGAGCCGGAGCCCUCCCAGGAGAGAUCUUAGUGGAAGUCCUAUCCGUAUAACCCAAAGAAGCACAAGUAGAAGCUCACCUCAGAAAAGCAUAAGCAGAAGUCCAUCUAUACAAAAAAUUGAUGGAAGUCGAACUAUCAACAAAAUUCCAGCUGACCAGUGCAGAAGCAGAAGCAGAAGCAGAAGUGCAAGUAGAAGCCCAGUAAGGUCCACACAGCAGAUAAAUCCAAGUGGGAACCUAGGAAGGUCUCCUAUUCGAAUAAGCUUGAACAGAAGUCGGACACAGGAAAAACAAAGCAGCACCAGUCGAAAAUCAGGAAAGUUGCUGCAGCACAGAAGCAGUAGCAGGAGCCCAGUGAAGGCUAGGAGAAGUGUAGGCCGCAGCCCUGCAAGGUCUAUCAGUAGAAGUCGAAGCCCUGUACAGACCCAGACACGAAGAAGCAGCAGGAGCCAAGGGAGUCCUGUUCACUCACCAGCAUUCAAUCGUCGUAGGAGCUUGUCGAGAAGUGUUUCCCCUGAGGGUUCUCCUAAACGGGUUAGAAGGGGCAGAGGUUUCAGUCAGCAAUACUCUUUUGCUAGGAGAUACAGAACUCCAUCUCCUGAUCGUUCUCCAAUUAGAUUACAUCGCUUUGGUGGAAGAAAUGACCGUGAUAGGUUUUCAAGCUACAGAAGCUACCACAACCGAUCUCCUCCUAGACGUUAUAGGAGCCCUAGAGGAAGAACUCCUACAAGGUACAGAAGUCGGAGGAGUCGUUCUCGAAGCGUAUCCCGCAGCCCUGUCGGCUACCGUGGUCGAAAAAGAGGUGGUCAUAGCAUUAGCCCAGCUCGCAGCCGUUCACCACCCCGAGACAGCAUUCGCUCUGGGAAACAGAAAUCAGUCUCACGAAGCAGAAGCCCAUCUGGAUCAAGGUCCAGGUCCAAAUCCAAAUCCAAAUCAGAGUCGCGGUCUCGCUCUUCUCCAGAGACUCCCUCCCCAAAGCCUGUCGGCAAGGACCAGUCAAGCUCACCUCCGAGCAGUUCUGAUGGCAAAAGAUUGGUUUCAUACGGCGAUGCCUCCCCUGACUCCGACCCCCCGAAAUAGAACAAAAAUCGAGAUUCAUUCAAGUUCUUAAACUCAAAGACCAUCCCUUACGUGGUUCAAGAGCAGCACUUAUUGCUCAGUUGUUUACUUAUAAUUUUAUUGUGUUCCCAUGCUUUAGGACCUGGAUUUUGGACAAGUUUCGUGUAUGUUUACCCUCAACUUCUGUAAUAUGUAGAAAUGCUCACUGUACCCUCAUUUUUAUGGUUCUAAAUUUCUAGUAUGUUGCUAUUCUCUA